GAGCACAACAGUCCUCUCUAACAAAUGAAAGGAUGGGGGGCAUCAGCAGCAGCAGCAGCUGAAUUCACACCAACCGGAUCAGGGGCCGAGGCCAGAGCGCCGCUUUCUGCUCACUCUUGGGCGACUUUUGUCGGAUUUAUUCAGCGGUCCGCAACAACAUGCCAUUUGCCAAAAGAGUCGUGGAACCUCAGUUACUGUGCAGGUAUCAAAUCCCCAACGAGGAGGGUCUGGUUUUCGAGGAUCUGAUCUCCAUCAGUAAUGUGGCUCUGUCUCGGACCCUGCGGCAGCUGUCGGACCUGGCCAAACAUGCCUGCUCCAUAUUCCAGGAGCUGGAAAACGACCUCACGUCCACCAACCAGCGGGUCAGGGGGCUGCAGAGUAAGAUCAGCCACCUCCAGCAGACCUGCUCCGAGUUGGACCCCAAACAGGAGGCAGUGCCGGUGUCUAACCUGGAUGUGGAGAGUAAGCUGACGGCACAUUACCAAGCUCCCUGGCACCAGCAGAGGAACAUUUUCCACCCCUCCACGCGGCCAGCAUGUGUAGAAGAGCUCCACAGGCAAGCCAACCUCAGCCUGUGGGCCGUGCACCGAGAUCACCAGAGGAGACGAUCAGGCAGCAGGGAGCGAAGAGUCACCAUCUCGAUCUCUGCUUUGCCCCCGAUGCCCAUGUACCCCUCUCCUCACGUCGUCCAGAGACAAGACAAGAGGGGUGCGAAUCUGUCAACGUUCGAAUCCACCCGCUCCUCCUCCCCUACCGAAUGUUGCCGCUUCUCUCCCUGGAGCAGAAAGGCUGCGCCCUCUGACCCCGACACUGACGGGGUGGCUCUAGGUCACCGGUCUAAGUUCCCCAUCCCUAACAUCCCCUCCACCCUGGACAAGCAGACUAACUGGUCUAAAGCUCUGCCGCUGCCCACCCCAGAGGAGAGAAUGAAAUGCAAUUCCCAAGUCAUCAACUCAUGUGUCAUCCCCAUUAAUGUGACUGGGGUUGGCUUUGACAGAGAUGCUAGUGUGCGCUGCUCGCUCGUUCACUCGCAGUCUGUGCUUCAGAGGAGACGGAAGCUGAGGAGACGGAGGACGGUCGCCGGCGUUCCCAGACAGGUGCAGCAGGACUUAGACUCCGAUGACUCUCCUGGUUCCAGAGAGCGGACAGUGAUAGUUCAUGCCAGUCCAGAUAUCACUCCUUCCAACGAGGAGCUCGCCAGCCAUCUCAGCACCAGAGACUCCGGUUGCCAGACAGAAGACUUUUUGAUCUCAGGAGCACCGUCUCGCAGGAGGAUCAGGGCCCAGAGAGGUCAGGGAGUCUCCCUCUCCCUCUCCCACUCUGCCGGCAACAUCUCCUCCCUGCCUGACAGCGCAGACGCCAUGUUUUCUGCCUCCGUAGGAGCUCGCCUGCGUUCCCGGAGUCUGCCUCGAGACGGCAGCCGGAUGCUGGACAACGGGCAUAAUGACAGCGAUGAUGAGGAGGAGCUGUCCCCCUUCAGCACUGAGGGCUUCCUGCCUGUACCAAGAGAGCUGAUUCUGAAGGAUGAAGGAGAGAGCACUGAUGACCAGGCCAUGCCCGAACAUCAGCUGGGUAGCCUGAAGUACAACCAGCUGUCAGAGAGUCCAGAGCGCAGCUGGAUGGAGCGGACCAGGUCCCACCUGCCCAGGAAGGCCGACAUGGGCAGCUGUGAGAUCUCAUCCAGUUCCGACACCUUCAGCAGCCCCGUCCACUCUGUCUCAGCUGCAGGAGUGCUGGGAGGCCAGAUGGACCAUAAGGAUGACCACCAGUCCUCCAGUGGGAACUGGAGCGGCAGCAGCUCCACCUGCCCGUCCCAGACGUCAGAAACAAUCCCCCCUGCAGCCUCUCCACCACUCACCGGCUCCUCGCACUGUGACUCUGAGCUGUCCCUCAACGCUGCCACUCACACUAAUGAUGACCAGACCAGCUUCAUGCUGGACCCAUACCAGGGCUUGAGGACCCAACGGGCCGGCUCCUUCUCCUCCACAGCUAUGGACAUAUUAGAGGAGGUAGGGGUCAGCACUCCCAUCGAGAGUGAUUGGAGCUACUCCCACCCGGAGCCUUCUCGCUCGCAGGACUUCAGCCCUGAGCCGAGCAGGGAGGCUGAGAGCAGCCUGGGCUGCCCCAGCUUCACCAGCAUGGCAACCUGCGAGAGCAGCUAUUCUGACAAACCUCCGUCAGAGAAAGCAGACACUGUCUCACACUACUCUGUUGACACUGAAGGUUACUACACCUCCAUGCACUUUGACUGUGGUCUGAAAGGUAGCAAAAGCUUCACUUAUAACUAUGCACCCUCUGGCUCAGAAUGUGGCCUGUCUGACUUAAGUGGUCACAUGACUCUGGGAAGACGCUGCCUCUCUUUAAGGAAACCAAAGGCGAAGCCAUCUCCGCCUAAGAGGAGUUCGUCCUUAAGAAAAAUAUGCAGUGAGGGAAACAUCCCUGACAAGAAAGAACCAAAGAUUAUAUGCGGUCAGCAGCUUCCUCUGUCUUCCAAGGAGAGAAAACUGCAGCUGGCUUUGUCCGGCUCUCCGGGUCACUUAGAAAACUCUUCACUGGUCAGAGAGCCCCUUGUGGUUUGGGGGGUGGAAGGCUCAGCUGAUCUUCCUGAUUUAGGCGUUUUAAGCUCCACAGAUGCACAUUCAUUUAAGGAUGAGGGUGUUGUACAGUCAGACUACGCAGAUCUCUGGCUCCUGAAUGAUUUAAAAUCCAGUGAUCCUUAUCGAUCCUUGUCCAACUCGAGCACAGCGACAGGUACCACUGUUAUCGAAUGCAUCAAGUCACAGGAAAGCUCAGAGUCCCAGACGUCCCAGUCGGGCUCCAGAGCCACCACCCCCUCACUUCCAUCAGUGGAAGGAGACUUCAAGCUGACAUCCCCGGAGAAGCUUGCAGGCCUGGCCAGCCCGUCCAGCGGCUAUUCCAGUCAGUCGGAAACACCCACCUCCUCAUUUCCCUCCACCUUCUUUCCCGGGCCGAUGUCGCCAUCAAGCGGCAAGAGGAAGCCCAAAGUCCCAGAGAGGAAGUCCUCUCUUUCAUCACUGUCACUGCAGUCGCUGUCUUGCAGGGAGGGAGCGACCUCAAAGAGAGAUCUGGAGCUGCCGGUCAUCCCUCCCUCCCACCUCGACUUAAGUGCCCUUCAGAGCGUCAACAACAAGGACUCAGCUUACAGGACCCAGAUGCAAAUCCUGCACCAAAACAAACAAAGACCUGCUGUGUCAGCCAAACCUGUAGCAGCUCCCAGCUCAGACGUAUUCAGCACUCACCCCAUGUCAAUUACACCUACAGUGCUGCACUCCGUACAGCUCCGACCCAUCAGUAAGGACCACGAAGAAAGUCGCGAUGACAAAGCAGUUUCCAGAUUCCAGUACCCCUCUGCAAACUUGCCAAACACACUUUCAAGUAGUAAAUCUUUAGAGCUAAAGAGUCCCAAAAUGUACAACUCACAUCAUAAUCAUCUCACAUCUUCAAAGGAGUCAUGUGAAUCAGUGUUUACCUUAAACGAAGAGCUCGUAAGUGGAGAAGCGGCAUGCCAGAGUGAGACAAGGAGCAAACAGGACAAAGAGGCUUGUUUAGAGAGACUGCAGUCAGACCCAAGUUUAGACCAGAAAGGUGUUGAUGUCCUUGAGGAAGGAGGAACAUUCAGAGAGUUCGUAGAAACAUCUGUCUGCUCUGGAGACUUCAGCUCACAGUCAGAGCUUUUACAACAACAACAACAGAACGAACUGUGUGAACAAGAAAUGUUUCCUCCUGCCUCUGUCCUGCACAGUUCACCCAACAGAUACAACAGUCUAGAUAAAGUGCCUGCUACUGACAGCCAGUCGGAGACUUUGCAUGUGAGUCCAAUCAGCGAUGAAGGCAGCAGAGAAGUAGAGAAUGAUUCAUCAGGUGUUUCAGCCGAAAGUGCCUCGCAGGACGACAAGGAGGACUUCACACCAGAGACAGAGGAUUAUUUCAGUAAAGACUCGACACCCAGUGACAACUCAGUGUCUCCGCUACAAGAUGAGUCGAGGUCAGAGGAUGACGCUGUGUUUUUGUCACCCACCAAAGCUCGCACCACUGAGGAUCUGUUCGCUAUGAUACACAGGUCCAAACGGAAAGUGUUGGGGAGGAAGGACUCCGCCGAGAUGGCCACGAGGAACAGACUCAGUGCUGCGUCAGGAAACACACCACCCAGCAGCACAGUGAGCUCCCCGGUGUCACUGUCAUCACCCUCCAACGCCGUCACCCCUCCAGGCCUGCAGAGAGUCUCCGGUCCCAUCUACAGGAACGCAAAAAAGUCCAGCACCUCCAACGAGGAGUUCAAGCUGCUGCUUCUUAGAAAGGGAAGCCGCUCGGACUCCAGUUACCGCAUGUCGGCCACAGAGAUCCUCAAGAGCCCCGCCACUCCUAAAACACCUGGAGAGUCCCUGAUGGAGUCGCCCAGAAACCCUGAGGAGCUCGCCUCCCCCCUGCAGCAGCAGCAGCAGCAGCAGCAGCAGCAGUCAGGACAAGAGCAGCUCUCCAGCCCCUACCCCAAAGCCAACGCUGAGAGCUUCUCCCCGAAAUCCUUCUCCACAUCUGCUGCCUCCAGACAGGGACGCUCCAGAAUCCCCCCACCAGCCAACAGCAGCCGCUACGGCAUGCGCAGCCGGCUGUACUCGGCGCCCAUGCAGGCCAUCUCUGAGGGCGAGACGGAGAACUCAGAUGGAAGCCCUCACGACGACCGCUCAUCCCAGGGCUCCACGUAGAGAAAAGCAGAAUUAAAAUAAGUUUAUUAGUUUACAGUAAAAACAAAUGGACCAGAAUGAAAAAUAUAAUAUAUAUAUAUAUAUAAAGAGGUAAAGGCAGGAAGGUGAUGAGGUUCAUUUGAACAAACCACAUUUUGGUAAAAGAUAAGUCAUAAAUUUAGUGAUUGUGACUGAAUUUUAAAGCUGUUUUCUUUUUGAUUAUUCUGUGGAAGCAAUUUUACCUGUUUUAUACAAUAUGUAUUUCUAAAAAAAAAAAAUCUUUAUGAAAUUAACAGUUGAUAUUAGAAACCAGAUUAUUUAACAUCUGCAUUCUGUGGGAAAAAAAUAACAUCAGAAAAAAAAAUCCAGUUUAGUUCCACAGAAAAAGCAGGUUUAGUAGUUCUUUAAAAAACACACACAUUUUUUUAAUGUUAGUUUAAGGCACAUUUCCCAAAGCCAUGUAACCCAGCUGGUUGCCUUCCUUCAGCCCUACCACAGUAUAUUCAUGUAUGAUUCUCUUUGUUCUGCUGUCAGAUAUAAAUCCAGAAUUUUCAAAAACCUGUACAAGUUUUUUUUAGUACCUUAUAACAACGAACUGUAUGUAUUCUGUGAAUACCUAUGCAAUUAGACACACAACUUGUACAUUUCGUCAAGCCAGUAAUACUGAUUUAUUUUUGAUCCCCCCUCCCCAGCUGAACAUCAGGACUAACAAAAAAAAUGUGAACCUUCAGUCCUUCUAUUCACAUGACUUGUGAAGAGCAUUUGAUAUGACGUGUUUGUAUCUUUUAAUCUGUUCUUUUUAAAUCAUAUAGUUAAUUAUAUCAAAGAAUGCUUAUUACUACAACAUUUUAAAAUUGUCAUGCAAUAAAUAAGAUGAGUAAUUAGCGGUGAGACAAGACAUGUCAGAGCCAAGCACUAACUUCGACAAUCUCUGGAGACAAGAAGGGAGCAGGUGUUAACACGGGAGAUGAAAAAGUGAUCAAAUAAGUUGGAGGUGGUGAAAUCUGAGAGCGGACAGGGAGGUUUAAAGAAAAAUGAAACAAGGGUCAUUUCUGGUUUGCUGACUUGGUGUGUUUAGGAAUUGUUGAAAAGAGGCAAGUGGAAAGUGCUCAGGAGGAUCAAAAAUGCCUUAUUUUACUCAGCGGUAAAGAACAAGCGACAGCAGCUCGGGCCUCAGCAAGUUGGGUGUGUUUUUUUGUGAGAUUUUUCCAGUUUUGAUGGAGGAUGUUCGGUUAAAUAUGGAGUCGAGUUUGAUGAUAAGAGGAAGCUCUGGAUCUUGGCAUUUGCUGCUAUUUUGUACCAAACGCUCCUCAGACUUUUUUUUUUCUUUUCCUCCCCAUCAAAAAUGUAACUUUCAUAUUUCCUGUGUCACAAAACAAUCUAAAUAUAUUUAUUUUUAUAGCAGACACAGAAGAAUCUCCCACCUGAUCUGGUUUACUCCUUUUUAAAAUCUCAACAUGAAAUUAUGCAAUGAAUUGCUGAUAUUUUUAAUAACAUAGUUUAUUCAGAUGCUUAUUUUGUUUAUAAGAAGCUAAUUUUAGAUCUCAUUCGAGACACUGGUUGCAGAGACAAACAGGAAAGCAACUCGAAAACGUCAUGAAAUGAUGGCAUGAACAGACAUAAGCUACAUAUGAGGUCUUAGCUGUAACUCUGAAGCACUCUGAGGCCGAUUUUUUGUCCCACAUAUUCACACUAAUUUUAUAUAUACAUGGUUAUUAUUGGAGUGAUGGUACUCAACCAUUAUGCAAAGUUGACACAAUCUAUGUAGCCAUAUUGUCCUGUGGAAGACUCUUCUUCUUCCCUGUAGGUACACUGUCAACGCCAACAUAAUUUUGGCCUUAAUGACACUCCAUACAAAUGCAAUGACAUACAGUAUAACAGGGUACACAAUGGGUUAAGUCUGUGAACCUUCAUUCCAACUUUUUUUUUUUUUUUUUUUGCACUGAUAAAGUGAUGUUUGUGAAGUUUAAUUUGUCUCUUGCUGUACCUGGAGAUAUUUAUAGAUCUUUACAUGGAGCUGUUCAACUUUUCCUUGAAUAAUAAUCACACUCGCUUUAGGAGGGAACUACAUACAGUAGAUGCUUCUGCCAAAGGCUAGAACAUGUACGUCUUAGUGGCAUUGAAUUAUUUUUCUCCUCUCAUUCGUUUACUUGACUGAAACAUUCUUGAAAACACGAACCAUCGCUAGGGAAAACUUGCGGUACUAGAUGCAUUUCAUUCGGACUUCAGAUCAACCUCUAUAUACUGUACUGUAGGUAUCAGAUUUUUUUUUUUUUUGUACAAAAUUGUAAAUACAAUAACUUUUUGGAAUUGUCACAAAUGUUGUUAAAUUUUUUUCUUAUGUAAAAAAAAUAUAUACAUGUUUUCAAAGUUUACAUUAAUUUCAAACCUUUGUAUAUUUUUGAGCUGUGGAACACUUUGUCUUGUAUUUAUUUUUUAGUAAGCGUUGUGGAAAUCCCAUAGUAAAUCCUAUCAAAGCCAACUGCUAGCACAACAGGCUGCUUAGCAAAUGUGUAUAAAAAGACAAAUAAAUGUGACUGCUUUGAAAAUCA